GGUUUUGCGUAAGGCAAUCGCCUUCUGAUUACAACAGCUUCCCUGCUUUGAGGCAGAAAGCUUGGAGGUCAUUUUUGAAGUUUCAAUUGUUUCCUCUGUUACACAUGCACAUAACCUCGAAAUAAUGGUGUAGCAAAUUUUUGUCCGUACCUCAAUUAAUUUUCUAGUCAUGUCACAAACGUCAAUGGGAUUCACUGAUCAACAACAACAAAGGGCUCAGAGUCAAGUUGGGGCACCCUACAUUCCCACGGAGGAGGAGAAGAGGGUGUUUCGGGAAUGCAACCAAGAGAGCUUCUGGUACAGAUCCCUUCCGUUAACUGCUGUGGCAGUGUCUGUAGCUCAAGCACUCGUUAUGAAAGGAGUCCUUGCACCCUCACCACGAUUUGGUUCCCUGCCUAAAGUAGCUAUUGCUGGUCUGUUUGGGUACAUUGGCGGGAAGAUCUCCUACACAAAGAUAUGUCAGGAGAAGUUCAAAAAUCUGGAGAAUUCCCCAUUGGGUGAAGCCCUAAGACAAGGACAACGUCAUAUCCCUCAACAGUUUGCUCCUCAGAACCCAUCAGAGUUGGGAGAUCCUAACCAGGCUUUUUUUGAACAAGCCUCCCAGUCAGUGGCGGAACCUCGCACCCAAGCAGACUCCUUCAGCUACCCUAGUGACUUCUAUAGUGAUCAGGGUGCUCUGUUGAGCCCUCCCCUCACUGAGUCUGACCCCACAGGAGCUGCAGCUGAUGUCAACCAACCAGUCCCUCCUUACUUGGAUGAUGAGACUCCCAAAAAGAGACCAACCCUGUACGAGGACCUACGAAGCAGAAACCGUGAGAACUACGAGGUUACCCUGACCCAAAAGGCAGACAUUCUGCUCAAGUCCCCAGCUGAAACACCUGUUCCGAAGAGAGAUGUGAAAAAGAACCAAUAUGGAGAUGCAUGGGACGAGUGAAGAGUCUGCUUCAGGAGCCAGUGAUCAGCUGCUGUACCAGGAGAAGAAGCGGUGUCAAAAGUAACAUAAAACAAAGGCUGCGUUGACUGAGAUGUCCUCCAUGACCAAGCUUACCCAGAUUCUCUGGUCUGUUGACUUUUCAGCAAGGUGUGGCGCAGACAUUAUAAAAAUAGCACUGUGUAACACGUAUCUCUUUCCUUCUGUUUAUGUUUUGUCAAACAACUGUGUUGAUUAUUAAAUCAUACCCAAAUUGG